AUGGCGGCGGAGAGGCGGCGUCUCUGGGACGGGGUGCUGGAGCUAAUGGUGGCCGCACAAGAGAGGGACACAGAGCCGCUGAUUUGGGCCUCGCGGCUGUCCUCGAGCCUCGCGGCCGCCGGCGUCCCCACUCCUUCUGUCGAGGUGGCGGAGCUCCUCGUAUCCCACAUCUGCUGGUCGAACAAUACCCCAAUCGCGUGGAAGAUCCUCGAGAAGGCGCUCACCGUACGCAUCGUCCCGCCUCUGUUCGUUCUCGCUCUUCUUUCUAACAGGGUAAUACUCAGUCGAAGGCGGUACCCGGUGGCUUAUAGAUUGUAUAUGGAGCUUCUGCGGAGAUAUUCUCUUUCACUGCCAUCUCUGGUUAAUGGCCCCAAUCAUCAGAAGCCUACGCAUUGGGAUUGCUUCAGCCAGCAUUUAAGACUGCUGAGUGCACGUUCAACAUCUUUAAGGAGUUCAAAUAGUAUCUAUCCAGAGGCACUUCUGCAGUUGACAUCCGAUACCUGGCGAGUUCUUUCUCGGUUAGUGAAGGCCCUCCAGGCUCUAAACAAAGCCACUUGGCAGGAUGCAUUUCUUGGUUUGUGGACUGCUGCGUUACGUAUUGUGCAGAGGGAGAGAAAUCUAUUUGAGGGUCCUGAUCCUCGGAUUGAGAUUGGUUUAAUCCUGCUAUUGUCUAUUUUACCACUUUCCAUUGUUAAUAUUAUUGAUGAAGAGGAAAUUAUGUUGAGUAGUAAAGGUGAAAAAAACUCCACCAGUCAGAGAAAACAUAAUGAGUUUGUGGGAAAGCGUCGUGAACACCUAGUUUGUAGCCUGAAGUUGUUGGGUGAUUUUGAAGAGUUGUUGACUCCCCCAUCAUGUAUAAAUUCGUUGGCUAACCAAGCCGCCAUGAAAGCAAUGAUGUUCCUCUCAGGUGUCUCCAUUGAUAAUGAGCACCUUAAUGAGAUGAUGUUGAACGACGUUCCUAACAAUUGCUCUGGAAACCUCCGCCAUCUGAUUGUUGAAUCUUGCAUAGCUAGAAAUGUUUUGGACACGUCUGCGUAUACAUGGCCAGGAUAUGUGAAAAGUCGCUGCAAUCAACAUCCUCAAAUUAUUUCUGGGCAAAUGCCUGGAUGGUCAUCAUUAAUGAGCGGGUCGCCUUUAACCCCUCCAUUGAUCCGUGCAUUGGCAUCAACACCAGCUACAAGUUUAGCAGAGAUAGAGAGGAUAUACGAGAUUGCUGUUGGUGGUACAGAUGACGAGAAGAUUGCUGCGGCUACAAUAUUAUCUGGAGCUUCCCUUGGUCGUGGUUGGAGUAUACAGGAACAUACGUGCCUUCUGAUCACAAAACUGCUUUCACCUUCUGUUCCUCCAGAUUACUCUGGAAGAGAGAGCCAUUUGAUAGGUUAUGCUCCAAUUCUAAAUGCUCUUGUGGUCGGAAUAUUAUCCAUCACCUGUGUUCAGAUUUUUUCCAUGCAUGGCUUGGUUCCUCUGCUUGCAACUGCAUUGAUGCCAAUCUGCGAGGUUUUCGGUUCUCUUGCACCCUGUAUGUCGUGGACUCUUAACACUGGGGAAGUGAUUUCUUCUCAUUCAGUAUUUUCAAAUGCAUUUAUCAUUCUGCUGAAAUUGUGGAAAUUUGAUCACCCACCCAUGGUACAUGGAAUGGGAGAUGGUCCUCCAGUGGGAUCCAAUUUAACCCUAGAGUACCUCUUAUCACUGUACAAUUCCCAGCUAGCUUCUCAUGAGAAUCUCACAAACAAAAUAACAAACAAUAGACCAUCAAGAUUGUUAUAUCCUUCAAGAGCUCCCGUAUUUAUGGAUUUCUUCCCGAAGCUUAAGCACUGGUACAGAAAACAUCAAGAAUGUAUUGUUGCUACUCCUAUUCUAGCGCCUGGAGACUCUAUUCAUCAGGUUGUUGAGACACUCCUUAGCAUAAUGUUUAGAAAGAUUAACAAAGGAGGCCAAACUUUGACUUCCACAACUUCUGGAAGCAGCAAUUCAUCUGCAUCCGGUCCUGGUCCUGAUGAUUCCUUAACCCUGCUUAACUUUCCUACUUGGGAUAUACUUGAGGCACUUCCCUUCGUCCUUGAUGCGGCCCUUACUGCAAGUGCCAAUGAGAGGAUAUCCCCACGAGAAUUGAUUACGGGGCUCAAAUGUAUUGUGGAUAUCCUCCCUGCUUCCUUGGUGACUAUAUUUUCGUACUAUUCAGCAGAAGUGAGUCGGGGUCUUUGGAAGCAUGCUUCUAUGAAUGGAGUCGACUGGCCAAGCCCCGGUGCAAAUUUAUCCAUGAUCGAAAGACAGACAAAUAAUAUCUUGGCUGCCAAUGGUGUGAAGGUCCCAUGUCCUUUCUUAGAAUCAAGCUCCCCCAUCUCUCUCCCACUCCCCUUGGCGGCUCUCAUCGGUCUCAUCAUAACAUACAAACUCAACCGAGACGGCAGGAGCUACCUGCAAGUGAUCAGAGCUCCCAUGACGUCACUCGCCGUCAGCUGCCCCCGUCCCUGCAUGUCCAUCAUGGCCGCCAUUUGGGCCCAGAAGUCCAAGAAGUGGCCCGAAUACCUCAUCGGGCUCACGGCCCGGUCCAUUUUCCACCACGACAGCAAUGCCAUGGCCCAACUCCUUAGGGCCUGCUUCGCCGUGCACGGCGCCGUGGGGCCCCUCUUGGGCCACGACACCUUCGGCUCUCAAUGUUCGGCCCCCGGAAGGCUCUACUUCCGAGUCCACCGCUCCAUACGGAGCCUCCAGCUACUGACCAAACAAGUCGUGUCCGUUCUAAUGGACACUGUUGUUACCGACAUCUCGAGAACUAGCGGUGGGCCCCACCACGACCGGUUUUUUUCCUUUGUGUCCGCCUCGACUCGGGUCAAGACGGCAGCCUCGCUCGGAGCCUCUCUAGUCUGGAUCACAGGCGGGCCAGGCUCGGUCGAGACUCUAGUCAAGGAGAUAUUGCCGUGUUGGUUUAUAUCCUGCAACAACAGGGUCAUCGGGCCGGCGGGCCGCACGCUCUGCGGGCACGCGCUCGCGUACUUCAGCAUGUUUUGCGGGCUGUUUGCUUGGGGACUGGACUCGCGUUCGGCUGCUUCCCGAAGGAGGAGGAACGUGCUCGGGGCGCAUUUCGAGUUUCUUGCAGGGGCCCUCGACGGGAAAAUAUCGCUCGGGUGUGACGAGGCUACCUGGAGGGCCUACGUGACGGGUUAUUUGGAUUUGGUGAUCAGUUGUGCUCCUAAAUGGUUGUUGGAACUCAAUGUGGAGGUUUUGAAGAGGAUUGGUAAAGGGCUGAGAAGAAGGUGGAAUGAGGAUGAAAUGGCUGUGGCACUUCUCAUGAUAAGUGGGUUUGAUGCUAUGGGUGCUGCAGCUGAGAUGAUAAUAGAAACUGCUGUUUGA